UCCCAAACUAUCAAAGCCAAAGUCCGACCGUCACUUCAAUUCAAGCCAUACACUCAUUUGGAAAGUCUCGACCUUAAGAGCUCUCUUCCCAUUUCGCCCACAUUUUUUGGUCGUUUCGAAUUCCCGGAUCCUUUAUUGUUGAAACUGCCGCCAGAGGUCGACGAUAUCAUAUCCAAGUUUGGCGAUUGCGACUCCAAUCCGAUGCAAGUCAUCUAAUGUUCAAAUCACUCGCACAUACCUUUCCACUUCAGUCCUAUUGAAUGAAAUUAAUUGACAACUUAUUUCUUAACUAAUAUUUUCAUUAUUAGUAAAUAUUGUAAUUAUUUAGCAAUUAUUUUCAAUCACAAGUUAUUUACUGAUGAGUUCGCACAACCAAUCAAACAACCUGUCCACCACCCCCACCCCCACCCCCUUCACAGCACC